CCCCCUCGUGCUGCGAUGGUCGAUCACGUCCCGCCGGCCCGCUCCGUGUCGUCCUGCACUGCUGCGGCCACCGCGGAACCAUGGCUGUGCUCGUCGUGCUCUUGUCCUUCUUGGUGGCGGGCAGUUCCUUUCAGUCUUGACAGCGUUGCAAAUUCCAUUCACUCCUUAUUUUCUGAAGAAACUCCUGUAGUUUUACAGUUGGCUCCCAGUGAGGAAAGAGUGUACAUGGUGGGGAAGGCAAACUCGGUUUUUGAAGAUCUCUCAGUAACACUAAGACAGCUCCGCAAUCGACUGUUUCAAGAAAACUCUGUUCUCAGUUCACUUCCCCUCAAUUCUCUGAGUAGGAACAAUGAAGUUGAUCUGCUUUUUCUUUCUGAACUGCAAGUGCUACAUGAUAUUUCAAGUUUGUUGUCUCGACAUAAGCAUCUAGCCAAGGAUCACUCUCCUGAUUUAUACUCACUGGAGCUGGCAGGUUUGGACGAAAUUGGGAAACGUUACGGGGAAGACUCUGAACAAUUUAGAGAUGCUUCUAAGAUCCUUGUUGAUGCUCUACAAAAGUUUGCAGAUGACAUGUACAAUCUCUACAGUGGGAAUGCAGUGGUAGAGUUAGUGACUGUCAGAUCGUUCGACACAUCCCUUGCGAGGAAGACUAGGACUAUCCUUGAGGCAAAACAAGCGAAGGACCCAUCAAGUACCUAUAACCUCGCAUAUAAGUAUAAUUUUGAAUAUCCAGUGGUUUUCAACAUGAUACUCUGGAUAAUGAUCGCCUUGGCCUUGGCUGUGAUUAUCACCUCUUACAAUAUUUGGAACAUGGAUCCUGGAUAUGAUAGCAUCAUUUAUAGGAUGACAAACCAGAAGAUUCGAAUGGAUUGAACUUUCCUUAUGCCAACUUAGAAAAGGGGUUUGGAAAUCGGCUGUUUCGUUAUAAUAAAUCUUUUAGUGUAAAGUAGAUAGUAUAAAUUUAUAAAAAAGCAGAUUGUGUUCUCGCUUUUAUGUGCCUGUGAGAUGAUGUUCUUUUAGAGUGAAUUAAUUAUAGUAUUGAUGUGAGUUGAUCUGUGUGAUACAGGUUCCAUAAUAUGCUCAAAUACUAUGAUUGAUAUAACCAUUUAAUAUGAAUUUCAUUCCAUUUAAUAUUUGGAAACAUGCACUGAAAUAACAGUUUGUGUUAUUUAUGUUGGGAAAAUGCACUGACUUUGAAAUGCUUAACUUACUUCCUUACACAGGACAGGUGAAAGUGAUAACUGGACUGUUAUAUACUACGAACAUAAACAUCUUAAUCUGAAACGAGUAAAGUAAAGGUUUUUAACUUCAAGCAGCUCUAAACUACGUAUGUCUAUGUAUGUGCUUAUAUAGUCACUUACUUAGAUUUGGACUUUCAUCUGAUUGACAGACUAUAGCUGUUUUUUAACCUCUUCUGAAAGUUUGGUGAUCCGAAUGGUCAGGUGUGGAUAUUAAAGAUACUACAUUUAUCUAAGAAGGAACUAGCUUUGUGGAGUUACACACAAAAACAUUUGGGGGACAUCUUGGGGCAUGAUUUAAUUUUUCCCCUUUUGUAAGUAAGUUACUCUGGUUUGCAGUACAACAUCGUUCUAUAGAACGUUAAGUGGAAGUAGAUGCUCCCUACUUUUCAUGUGGAAGUGGACCAAUGUCUAUAAAGAGUGGCAAAUAAAGUUAAUAAUGAUUCCAAA